CGGUCUAACUUUUUUGGAUCGCAGUCGCCGGGGACUUGCGUGGCCUCAGGGACUUGCGUGGUUUCGACAAAUUACUUAUAAUCUGCACAAAUAAAAACAUUUUGGUAGAAACUGGCGGGAGAUUUUCUCGUUUUUAUGUCACAAAGAUUCAGUUUAUUUUUUUGAUAUUUAAGAAUCAAAAAAACGCAUAUAUUUUCAAAGAAAAUGGGUAUUCAUGGUUUAACAAAGUUACUAGGCGACCAUGCCCCCUCGUCAAUGAAAGAAAACGAAAUAAAAAACUACUUUGGUCGCAAGAUAGCAAUAGAUGCUUCCAUGAGUAUUUAUCAAUUCUUAAUUGCUGUUCGUUCUGAUGGAAGCCAACUAACUAACGAAUCAGGUGAAACUACAAGCCACUUGAUGGGUUUAUUUUACAGAACUAUAAGAAUGCUUGAUAAUGGGAUCAAACCUGUUUAUGUGUUUGACGGAAAGCCACCAAAAAUGAAAUCUGGAGAGCUUGCAAAACGAACCGAACGAAGAGAAGAAGCACAGAAGCAGUUAGACAAGGCAAAUGAGACAGGGGAUCAAGAAAACAUUGACAAGUUCUCAAGACGUUUAGUGAAAGUUACACCACAACAUAACCAAGAAUGUAAACAGCUGCUUGAUUUGAUGGGUAUUCCAUAUGUUGAUGCACCAUGUGAAGCUGAAGCUCAAUGUGCAGAAUUGGUGAAAGGAGGCAAGGUUUAUGCAAUGGGCUCAGAAGAUAUGGAUUCGUUAACGUUUGGUACAAACAUAUUGUUAAGACAUCUGACUUUUAGUGAGGCAAGGAAAAUGCCUAUCCAAGAAUUCCAUUAUGACAAAGUACUGAACGAAUUGGAACUAUCGAAGGAACAGUUUAUCGAUCUAUGCAUUUUAUUGGGUUGUGAUUAUUGCGAUUCUAUCAAAGGUGUAGGUCCUGUUACUGCCAUAAAAUUAAUCAAAGAACAUAAAUCAUUGGAAGAAAUAGUGAAAAAAGUAGAUGGAAAGAAAUACAAAGUACCAGACAAUUGGAUGUUCGAGGAUGCGAGAGAAUUGUUUUUAAAUCCAGAAGUGACCCCGGCUGAUAAAAUUGAUUUGAAAUGGAGAGAACCUGAUGAGGAAAAACUGGUUGAAUAUAUGGUGAAAGACAAAGGAUUUAGUGAGGAUAGAAUACGGAACGGAGCUAAGAAGAUAUUAAAAGCAAAAAAGACAUCUGCACAAGGGCGCAUGGAUAGCUUCUUUAAAGUGAUACCUUCCAAUAAACCAGUUAAGCGUAAGAGCGAAGAAAAAACGCCAGCAAAAAAAAAGACGAAAACAGGCGGUGGAAAGUUUAAAGGGAAAUGAAUUUAUACUGGUUUGAAAAGCUAGUAACUACCACAGUAUCCAGAUCCAUAGUUUCACUGAAGAUGUAAAUAACGACAGAGGAUAAUGCAGCCAAUAAAUAAAAACUUAGUGGUUUUUAUGUAGUCUUACUUUUAUUAUUUAAAUAAAUUGUCUAUAUUCGAAA